CGUUCGCUAGCUACAUAACAUUUGAAAAACGCUCUCCCAUUGGUCUGUUUUAAUAGCACGUGACGACGGGAGCUUUUUCGUUAAACUACAAGUUCGGCUAAGGAAGAUGACCAUUGGUUAAAUGGGAAAUGGAGUUACAAAAUAUUUGCAGGGAAGACGAUAUAAAGGAGUCAAUAAAUGGUUUGCAUGAGAUCAAGAUGGCCACGGUAGCUGGUUGCAAAUGAAAAUGUUAAAAAAGUCACAAUCCGUGCAUAAUAGCGCUUUUAGCGUGGUGACUCCCAGAUACUCUUGGUGCGGAACUGCCGGGAGUCUUUUCUGUACUCCUAUGUCAUUCUUAACUUCGGAAUCUCUCCAGACUAAUUUUUGGUACUGCUGUGCAGCGGGACAAGCCAUUUCCAGACCCAUUAUCCCCACUCCGAGUUCUGCGUUCUCCUAUUAUUAUAGUUCCAGUAUAUAUGAAAAUGAUGGAAACUCUCUCUUAUCCGAAAUAAUUCCUGAAAAUAAUGAAAAAGAUCGCCAGACAUUUAUUUAUUCUUGCAUGAAAUGCGAUAAGACAUUCGGAACUCCACAUGGUUUAGAGGUCCACACUCGACGCUCUCAUUUAGGAAAAAGGCCGUUUUGUUGCGAAGUUUGCCAUAAAAGCUUUGGUCAUCCCUUGAGCCUAACACAGCAUAGAACUUUGCAUACUUCUACUAGAAAUUUUCAAUGUCAUCAAUGUGGAAAAUGCUUUAAAAGAUCUUCAACUCUUUCUACCCAUCUGCUGAUUCAUUCCGAUACUAGACCAUAUCCGUGUCAAUAUUGCGGCAAGAGAUUUCAUCAGAAAUCUGAUAUGAAAAAGCAUACUUAUAUUCAUACAGGAGAGAAACCUCACAAAUGUGGUGUAUGCGGAAAGGCCUUCAGCCAAUCGUCGAAUCUAAUAACACAUAGUCGAAAACAUACUGGAUAUAAACCAUUUUCUUGCGAUAUAUGCCCGCGUGCUUUCCAGAGGAAAGUGGAUCUUCGACGUCAUCACGAUACACAACAUUCCAACACGAAUUUGAUUUUGUAUGAAAUUGUUUUCUAUUCUAUUCUAGGAGAGAAACCUCACAAAUGUGGUGUAUGCGGAAAGGCCUUCAGCCAAUCGUCGAAUCUAAUAACACAUAGUCGAAAACAUACUGGAUAUAAACCAUUUUCUUGCGAUAUAUGCCCGCGUGCUUUCCAGAGGAAAGUGGAUCUUCGACGUCAUCACGAUACACAACAUUCCAACAGUCGACAACAUUAACUAAUCUUCUAUUUCUCUACCUGACUUUCCAUAAAACAGUAAUCUACUUUAAUCAAGAAAUCUUCAAAAUAAUAUCCUUUCUGGAGCCUGAUGUCAAACUUUCUUAAUCGUCAUCAACUUAAGGUUUACAUUAAUUCGUAGAAAAUAAAUUACGCCUAAGUGUUCUAACAGUUUCAUCUACAAUUAAGAAUGAUAGAAGUUUUUUGAACGUGAAAAUAAAAAAAAAUUGAAGUUUUAAUCUAAAGAAAUGUAGUAAAUUCAAUAUUUCUGAUGUUUAUUGAAAUUUCGAGCAGAUGUCAAAGAUUCAAAACAAAACAGAAGUCGUUUUAAAAAAUAAAUGAUGUAAAAUAUUUAAAAAUAUUAACUCAAUUAUUGCUCCAGGAACCGUCCAUUAAUUAUGUAUACAGUUUUUGACACUUUCUGACUCCUUUCCUCCCAGUUGUGUACAAUAGUGUAUUUUUUGGCAAGUCCUCUCUACUUCAAUUAUGUUAACAAAUAGCUCACGGACCUCCCUCGUAAUUGAACUUUUAAAAACAAAUUCGUAUGCCACUAACACCACUAAGGAAUAACUUCGUAGACAAUAUUUUGACUUUUUUCCCCAUGUUUUACAAUAAAUGUACUUUUUGCGACCCCUUAAACUAUACUUAAUUAAUGGACUGCGCCCUAUCUCUGUCUAUGAUACAGUUACAAAGUAAG